AUGGGAGUCGACUUAACACGCCGCUGUGGCUCGCACGGCUACAUCGUCAGUGACCGUCUUAUCUUAGGAGAUGUCAUCCAUCGCUUCUGGCUUGAAAACCAAGAAGCCGGCAGUAAAGGCAGCGUGAUCCGGUACCUUCAUGUGUACUGCGAUACUCUGGAGGUUUUCGCCUUAUCUGACAACUCCAUCAGCGCACGGGUCCCUCAGCCUAUCCGAUGGCUAAGGAUUUUCGCAAGGUCAAUUAUACGUCGCAGUUCCCCGGUGACGGAGGAAGGCAGACCCCAGUGCAAUCUAGGGAGAGUGACCAUUCUCUGGAAUGUCGCCGACCGCGCCUUCAGGCUCUUUGGGCACACUUUAGAGCGGAAUGAAACCACGAUCGGCCACGACUUCACCGUCAGCCCGGACGGCUCUGUCAAGUUCUCCGAAGUGACACGUAUUUGCUCUGGAGAAUUUGAUACCCGUCAUGAUAUCGUGGAUAUGCUGAAGAAUGUCAAGAUGAUCGAAGCCGAGCUUCCUACGCUGGUACGGAGAAUUCUAAGCUUGGCCAUCGCCGGAAUGAAUCCAGAGAACGAACAAGACACCGCACUCGAGACAUGUCUGCACAAGGAGGAAACCAAGUCUCGCCUUACCUUCGUCUCUCUACUCACCAGGAACUCCCCUUCCAUGGCCGACGUCAGCAGGGCUGCCUCAACGCUCCUUUUCCGCCUGACCGUUCCAGAGGGCGCUCGCAUCUGGGUGCCGAAGCACACCUAUAAGGACCGCGACAGCCUGUUGAAGGACUGGCUCGCGGCAGCCAGGCAAGCCGAGGAGGACUACAAGGAUCACAAUGCUAAGAUCCGCGACAAAAUGGCCGGGGAAAGGAGCGUGGCAUUGAUGAGACAGAUCACUAAGUUCCAACAUCAGGAUGCCUCACUUGACUUGAAGGCGCUCCAAGAUCGCUACGAGAGGGGCAUGAAUGCCGUGACAGACCUGUCCCAGGACUUCGCAUCGUUCAAAGACGAGAUGGCCAAGGCACGAAGGGAUUUUAACACGGCCAGCAAGAAGUGGGAGGAGGACAGAAAGUCCGAAGCCCAGGUGAAGUCUUUCUUUGCCAGUGUCAAGCUUAUAGCGGCCAUCGCCAUUACCGUCUACACUCUGGGCGCCGCAUCGGGCAGCGCCGUGAAUAGCAGUAUGGAAGUGGCAUACGCUAUUUCCAUGGUAAAGACAGCUAUAAAAGAGGAAAGGACUGAUUCGGCGAUGAAAAAGGCCCAGAAGAUUCUUUCAGCCAUUGAGAAAAUGAACAAAGGGGUGGAUUCAGCUCAAAAGUACCUCUUGGAGGCAAAGGCCAAGAUCGCGGACAAGCGAAAGUCUGGCAAAACUGGCGCGUCUGUUGCACCGUCAGAACUUCUGCCACCGGUUCAGCUCGACCCGGUGAAUUACUUUGAGCUCUUGAACCAGUGGGACGACUACAUGUUAGAUAACGACGCUUAUUUUGCCAAAAUCCUGAAGCUCGAGCCACGUAUUAGUGAGGCCGACAACUUCCAGCUCGCAGUGAAGAAGGUUGUUGGGCGAGCACGGAACAUGCUCGCGGCCCAGAAGGAGUUACAGUCCGUCGAGGACAAGAUGCGGCUAGCUAUGGCGCAUGUCGAGCUACGCGCGCAACGCGAGAGCGAGUGCGAGAAGCUUGCCGACUCCAAUACCGAUGCUGAGGUGAUCCAGGCGAAACUGGAGCUCGGGCUGAAGUCGAUUCGACUGCAAGUCUUCCUCUUGUUCCACGAGGCUUUCUGUGCCCAUGCGUUUGAGGGAAAUCUGACGUACUUCCCAACUAAUCUAAAGUUCCGGGAGGAUAAGGUAGCAAGUGAAUUCUUUUCGGAUGUUGCCGCCCUGAAAUCAUUACGCGGAGAGCACCCUGGUCUUCACAGGCUAAUGGCAACCGAAGAGCCUUUGAGGUUCAGGACGCCGUCUAGCGGGGCUAAAAGCACCACAAGCAUCUUUGAUCCUCUAUGGAAGGAUUUGCUAAUAAGCGAGGGCAGAGUACCCUUUCAAAUCCCGACUGACCAUGUAAAAACACAGAGGAAGUGUCUAGCUUCUAUUACAAAGGUUUCGCUCCUGUUCGAGGGUAUUCAACCGUCAGACCCUGACGCGGACAAAGAUGAACUGAGUGUUCCGCUCAUGGUCGAAUUCGGUCCCCAUAUGCUGCAGCUUGAGGAAUCAGGGGCCGAGUCCAAGUUUCUAGGUUCGACAGUCCAGGUUCAAUGCCAGCCCUCGUUAGUGCAGAAAGUUGGCACUUCGAGGAAAUUCUACUCAAUUGGCGCGCCCACGAUGCGUCCAACGCUGUAUACCACAGGUUUUGUCAGAAUCCGGCAGGCCAAAGCCAAGGAUGGGAGCAAAGUUCGGGACUGGGAUCUGAACACUAUAACGGCAAUCCAGUUGGAACUACACACAGAGUCCUGGGGAGACGCCUACGGAAGCGAUUAA